ACAAAACCAUUUUGACUCUCUGUUUGUUUCUCGCGAAAUAAAAAAAAAAAAAAAAAAAAGAAAGAAAGAAAAUCUGAUAGUCAUGGAGAUGGAGCGCGUGACAGAGUUUCCCCACACGCACAUGGAUCGGCGACCCACCAAGAGGGCGCGUUUGGGUUGGGAUGUUCUUCCUCAGCCUUCAAGGGCUCAGGUAGGAAUGUUUUGUGGACAAGAGGUUGGGAGUCUGACAAGCUUUGCACCUUCAAGAGCACCCUCAGACCUUACCACUAAUUCUUCUCUUUAUGAAAAGGGAGUGGCUCGAAAUGGUUCUCCCCCAAGGCGAGAUGAUGACAAAGAUGGGCAUUACAUGUUUGAGCUUGGAGAAAAUUUAACUUCUCGCUAUAAAAUCCACGGCAAAAUGGGUGAAGGUACCUUUGGUCAGGUUUUGGAGUGCUGGGAUAGAGAAAGGAAAGAAAUGGUUGCCAUCAAAAUAGUCCGUGGAAUCAAGAAGUAUCGUGAAGCAGCUAUGAUAGAAAUUGAAAUGCUGCAACAACUUGGUAAACAUGAUAAAGGUGGCAACCGUUGUGUUCAAAUACGGAACUGGUUUGACUAUCGUAACCAUAUCUGUAUUGUGUUUGAGAAGCUUGGACCAAGUUUAUACGAUUUUCUACGGAAAAACAAUUAUCGCUCAUUUCCCAUUGAUCUUGUCCGUGAGAUUGGCAGACAACUGUUGGAAUGUGUUGCAUUUAUGCAUGAGUUGCGUUUGAUUCAUACUGACUUGAAGCCAGAGAAUAUCCUUUUAGUAUCAUCAGAUUAUGUUAAAGUUCCUGAUUACAAGGACUAUAAGAAUUCUUCUCGAUCACCAAAGGAUGGUUCAUACUUUAAAAGAGUGCCAAAGUCAAGUGCCAUCAAGGUGAUUGAUUUUGGUAGUACAACUUAUGAACGUCAAGAGCAGACCUAUAUUGUAUCCACACGACAUUACCGUGCACCUGAGGUGAUUCUAGGACUUGGAUGGAGUUAUCCCUGUGAUGUAUGGAGUGUUGGCUGCAUCUUGGUGGAAUUAUGCACGGGUGAGGCGUUGUUUCAAACUCAUGAGAAUUUGGAGCACCUGGCAAUGAUGGAGAGGGUGCUUGGCCCAUUGCCCCAGCACAUGUUGAAGAGAGUAGACCGACAUGCGGAGAAGUAUGUCAGGAGAGGUAGAUUGGAUUGGCCAGAUGGUGCUACCUCAAGAGAGAGUAUUAAAGCUGUAACUAAGCUCCCUCGUCUUCAGAACCUGAUAAUGGAGCAUGUUGAUCAUUCAGCUGGGGAUCUCAUUCAUCUAUUGCAGGGAUUGCUUAGAUAUGAUCCGCUAGAUAGGUUGAAAGCUCGGGAAGCCCUUAGACACCCCUUCUUUUCUAGGGAUCAUCUGAGGAGAUGAUGAUCCAGCCGACUAGUAUAGUGAAAUGGUCUAUAUCUGAAUGCCAUUACAGGGGCUUCUGCUUCACAAAUGGCUUCUAAAUAUCUCUACUCCACUGAAGGAUGCAGAAGAAUUGUUAGUUGUAUAUACACACUGGAGAAAAGCUCACUUGUCAAAGGGCACAUCGGCUCUUUUCCUGCCUGUUGACGAUUUUUUUUUUCUUUUUCAAUUUGAUCUUUCCAUCUUUUUAUGUAUGUAGUCUCGAUCCAGCUAACAAGAUUCCAAAUGUAAUACCAGGCAAAUUACUCGAAUGUUAACAACUCUUUGAAAUGAUGGUUUUUUUUUUUUUCUCUAA